AUGCGCUGCUCACGGCGAUGCGCUGCUCACGGCGAUGCAGAGAAUACUUUUUGGCACUGUCAUAAGCAGUGCAGGGGGGAGGGGCAGUUCUGUAGCGUUUUGUCGCCCCGUCCCGGACCAUCAGCCCGGACCAUCAGCCUGGACCAUCAGCCCGGACCAUCAGCCUGGACCAUCAGCCUGGACCAUCAGCCUGGACCAUCAGCCCGGACCAUCAGCCUGGACCAUCAGCCCGGACCAUCAGCCCGGACCGUCAGCCCGGACCAUCACCCGGACCAUCAGCCUGGACCAUCAGCCUGGACCAUCAGCCUGGACCAUCAGCCCGGACCGUCAGCCCGGACCAUCAGCCCGGACCGUCAGCCCGGACCAUCAGCCCGGACCAUCAGCCCGGACCAUCAGCCCGGACCAUCAGCCCGGACCAACAGCCCGGACCAUCAGCCUGGACCAUCAGCCCGGACCGUCAGCCCGGACCGUCAGCCCGGACCAUCAGCCCGGACCAUCAGCCUGGACCAUCAGCCCGGACCAUCAGCCUGGACCAUCAGCCCGGACCGUCAGCCAGGACCGUCAGCCCGGACCAUCAGCCCGGACCGUCAACCUGGACCAUCAAGCCCGGACCAUCAGCCUGGACCAUCAGCCCGGACCAUCAGCCUGGACCAUCAGCCCGGACCGUCAGCCCGGACCAUCAGCCCGGACCAUCAGCCCGGACCAUCAGCCUGGACCAUCAGCCCGGACCAUCAGCCUGGACCAUCAGCCCGGACCGUCAACCUGGACCAUCAGCCCGGACCAUCAGCCCGGACCGUCAACCUGGACCAUCAGCCUGGACCAUCAGCCCGGACCGUCAACCUGGACCGUCAGCCUGGACCAUCAGCCCGGACCGUCAGCCCGGACCAUCAGCCUGGACCAUCAGCCUGGACCAUCAGCCCGGACCAUCAGCCUGGACCAUCAACCUGGACCGUCAACCUGGACCGUCAGCCUGGACCAUCAGCCCGGACCAUCAGCCUGGACCGUCAGCCUGGACCGUCAGCCCGGACCGUCAGCCCGGACCAUCAGCCCGGACCGUCAGCCCGGACCGUCAGCCUGGACCAUCAGCCCGGACCAUCAGCCCGGACCGUCAGCCUGGACCAUCAGCCUGGACCAUCAGCCUGGACCAUCAGCCUGGACCAUCAGCCUGGACCGUCAGCCCGGACCGUCAGCCUGGACCGUCAGCCUGGACCAUCAGCCCGGACCAUCAGCCUGGACCGUCAGCCCGGACCAUCAGCCCGGACCGUCAGCCCGGACCAUCAGCCUGGACCAUCAGCCUGGACCAUCAGCCCGGACCGUCAGCCUGGACCGUCAGCCUGGACCGUCAGCCCGGACCAUCAGCCUGGACCGUCAACCUGGACCGUCAACCUGGACCAUCAGCCCGGACCAUCAGCCCGGACCAUCAGCCCGGACCGUCAGCCUGGACCGUCAGCCAGGACCGUCAGCCCGGACCAUCAGCCUGGACCGUCAGCCCGGACCAUCAGCCCGGACCGUCAGCCCGGACCAUCAGCCUGGACCAUCAGCCUGGACCGUCAGCCCGGACCGUCAGCCCGGACCAUCAGCCCGGACCGUCAGCCUGGACCGUCAGCCUGGACCAUCAGCCUGGACCAUCAGCCUGGACCAUCAGCCUGGACCGUCAGCCUGGACCGUCAGCCCGGACCGUCAGCCCGGACCGUCAACCUGGACCGUCAGCCCGGACCGUCAGCCCGUCAGCCUGGACCGUCAGCCUGGACCGUCAGCCUGGACCGUCAGCCCGGACCGUCAGCCCGGACCGUCAGCCCGGACCGUCAGCCUGGACCGUCAGCCUGGACCGUCAGCCCGGACCGUCAGCCCGGACCGUCAGCCCGGACCGUCAGCCCGGACCGUCAGCCCGGACCGUCAGCCUGGACCAUCAGCCUGGACCGUCAGCCUGGACCAUCAGCCCCCACCAUCAGCCCGGACCAUCAGCCCGGACCAUCAGCCCCCACCAUCAGCCCGGACCGUCAGCCUGGACCAUCAGCCCGGACCGUCAGCCCGGACCAUCAGCCCGGACCAUCAGCCCGGACCGUCAGCCUGGACCAUCAGCCUGGACCGUCAGCCCGGACCGUCAGCCUGGACCGUCAGCCCGGACCGUCAGCCCGGACCAUCAGCCCGGACCGUCAGCCUGGACCGUCAGCCCGGACCGUCAGCCUGGACCGUCAGCCUGGACCAUCAGCCUGGACCAUCAGCCUGGACCAUCAGCCUGGACCUUGA